ACAGACAGACAGAUAGACAGACAGAAUAGAUAGAUAGAUAGAUAGAUAGAUAGACAGACAGAUAGAUAGAUAGAUAGAUAGAUAGAUAGAUAGAUAGAUAGACUGAUGUAUAGAUAGACAGACGGAAAACAGACAGACAGACAUAUAGACAGACAGACAGUUAGAUGUAUAGAUAGACAGACAGGCAAACAGACAGACAGACAGACAGACAGACAGGUAGAUAGUUGAGAAACAGACAAACAGAUAGACAGACAGAAUAGAUAGAGACAGACAGACAGACAAGUAGACAGACAGAACAAAUAGAAAGAGACAGACAGACAGACAGAUAGACAGACAGACAGGGAAACAGACAGAUAGACAGACAGAACAAAUAGAAAGAGAUAAAUAGACAGACAGACAGAUAGAUAGAAAAGAGACAGAGAGACAGACAACCAGACAGGCAGAUAGACAGACAGACAGUUAGACAGACUAUUUAAAAAUGCUACCGACGCCUAAGAGGCCUCAAUAUAAUGUCUAGGUAGGCAGCUCGAUGAGUUUUGUGACGCCGCCCGUGUCUCCUAUGUGCAUGGACGACAGACUGGGCUAACAGGAUCCGAGAGGGUUUGUCCGUUAUCUGUCGAAAACCAGCAGCACUCUAUGGUCCAAUUCCUGGCUUUUUUCAGAAUCGCCAGGCAUGCGGAUCCGGCUGCAGGGCUCUGGCCAUGCGGCCCAUCUCCUUUCUGAGCUCAAUCGCUGCCGCCUGUCUCGCCUCCUGUGUGACGUUUUCCUUCAGGUUGGUGGGCGAACCUUCCCCGCUCAUCGCGCAGUGCUGGUGUGCGCUUGCACACACUUUAAGAGCCUCUUCUCCAGAGGUUCCCACAACCAGGAUGGCAUUCCCACCACCUUAUCUUUGGACUUUGUCUCUUCCACCAAUUUUGAGAAGGUUUUGACGUUCAUCUACACUGGUGAAAUUUUUACGGACUUGAUAGAUGUGGGUGUACUUUAUGAGCUGGCGGAAAGGCUCGGAGUGAAGGAGCUGGUAAGUGCUUGCCAUUCCACCUUCCCUGACCUCCAGAGCUCAGGCUCUGGAGACCCGGUGGCCGAUGGCAACAUGGAGAGUGAAGUGGUGUCCACCAAUGCUGUGGCUACAUCUGUUUGCUCGUCCUCGGUGGCAUCUUGCUCCUCACUGUCUUCUUUGGCUGCUCCCACUCCCGUCACACCUUCUCUGGUUUCUCUAGGCCGGAAUGGCAGGUUGAAUUGGGCCCACUUGGCCACACUUUCCCUCUCCCAGUCCCCUAAAAAUGAGGACUUGCAAAUACAUUUGGGGUACAACCAAGCGGUGACCAACAAGCCAAGCCCCUCGGACAGUAACCGUUCCACAGAGGUCCUUCCUGGUCUCGCUUUGCAGCUCAAGAUCGAGCAGGAAGACGAUGGAGAAGAUGGAGGAAACAGCUCAGCGGAUCAGGUUGCUGUUAAUGGUUGCAAGUCAACGUUAGGACCUCAGUGUAUUCAGGAAGCGAGUUCCGUUCCAGACUCUUCAGCCCAGCUUGGAGGGGAAACAUGUGCUCCUUCAUCAUCCUCCAGUGACCCCUUGGACAAUUUGCAACUAAGGGCCAUUUCGGGAGCAGGAGAAGCAGUCAAAGAUUCAGGUCUUUUUGAGGACGAUGUUGCUAACAAGAGGCACCACCUACAGGAAGAACAUCCUGAAGCUGGCGAUCAGUGGAGAGCACUUUCAGAUGACAUAAUUGAGCUGAGCGAUGAGGAGGAGCACCUCAUUGUGGAAGAAGAGGAUGAUGAAGACUUGAUGUGUAUUGAGAAUGGUGAAAACGGAGUAUCUCUUGGCCAGUUGGCGUCAGCGCAGCCAUGCAAAGCUUGUGGAAUGCUGCUUCCUGCUGAAAACGACAUCAUCCGGAUUCAUGCAGAAACGCAUCUCUCGGAAAAGGGUUCCUGUCAGGUGUGUGGCACCUCCUUUUCUGACCAUGCUGCUGGUGUCACGCAUGCCCUCACACAUGUGGGAAUCUUGCUCUUCUCCUGCGAUGUUUGUGAGCAGCAGUUUCGGAGAGAGUCUGCACUGAUUCACCAUCGACGUCAAUCAGUAGCAAAAUGCGUCCCUCAAAAUCCUGAACAAAUGAAUGGUGCCACCCAACAACAAGGAGGGGAACUGCAGUGUAUUGUUUGUGAGAAAUCUAUGGCAAAUGAUUUCAAGGCUGUCAGAGACCACAUUCUGAGCCACGCAUGCUUGAGGACAUUACGCUGUGGAGUAUGCCAGCUGUCCCAGCCCUCUCGAUGCGCCCUCCUGUGGCACACUCUGACACACCUCUUUCCUAUUUACACAUGUCCAAAAUGUGCCAGCCCCUUCCUGGAGAGUGCGCUGCUAGAAAGACACCUGGCUCUUCACGUGGAGGAAGAAGGGUUGUCAAAACAGGACCAGGGCAGUCCAGAGACCAGCGGCGAAGCACAGGGCGAACUGCGCUGCUUCCUGUGUCCACAGACCUUCCGCUCUGAAGCUGCUUUUCAUAACCAUCUCAGCGUGCACUCUAAUGAGAUGCAGGGCAGCCAGUUAUGGCCAGCCAAGCGCAAAGCAGACCAGCUCCUCGAGUAUUCCUCAUCUUCUUCCUCCCCGUCGGAGGCCCGUGGCUCGGGUAAAGCAGGAAACGCAGGUUUCAACUUGAGCCUGGGUUUAAGACUCCAGGACAAAAUGGUUCAUGGUGGGCUUUCGUUUCCUGCUGGACUCAUAAUGAAUGGUAGCUCCUCUGGAGCCACUUCCACCGGUGCAAGCCUCAAGCAAAAAUGGUAUCGCUGCCGGUUCUGCGGCAAGCACUUUGCACAUUCAGGCGAGUUCACCUACCACCUCCGCAUCCACACUGGCGAGAAGCCCUACCAGUGCAAAGUAUGUUUGCGUUUUUUCCGUGGCCGUUCCACCAUGAUUUGCCACCUGAAGACGCACUCGGGUGCCCUCAUGUACCGGUGUUCUGUCUGCGGACUGUUCUUCUCCACACUCAAGAUGGUCUCCUCACACAUGGAGCUCCACAAAGACCAGCUGCCACCUGAUUUCAACAUAGAGGAGACCUUCAUGUAUAACGACCACUCCAAAGAACCCAUCCCAAACCUGGAGACCUGAACAUCAAGCUCUAAAUGUUCCGUUACACUGUGUGCACACGUUUACUUGCUCAGUUUACUGCCACUGUUGUUAAAGGGAUAGUUUACUUAAAAAUUCACUUGCACUGUAUGGAUCAACAGAGCUGGAAAAACUUCUUUGUUUGUGUUCAGCAGAAGAAAAAAGUCAUACACAUCUGGGUUAGCAUGAGUGUGAGUAAAUGAUAUGAAUUUUCAUUUUUGGGUGAACUCCCUUUAAAGACAGAUGGCAGUAGACUUCGAAUGUUACUAAGCGUUUAAUGUGAUUAGCUUUGUGACAUUGUGUACUGAGAAGAGAGAUUAAUUUUUUAAAGACCAAACUAAAGGUACAGUUUUUAUUUACAAAUUUUUUAGUGUUGAUACUUGACCACUUGAUGGCAAGAGAGCAAUGAUACAUUACCAGUCAAAAGUUUGGAUGCAUCUACUUAUUCCUUGCUAUUACUAUUUUCCAAAUUUUAGACUAAUAGUAAAAUCAUUAAAAGUAUGAAAUCACACAAAUGGUAGUAUGGGAAUUAUGAAGUGACCAAAAAAUUUAAAACAUAUCAGAACUAUAUUAUAUUUUAGCUUCUUCAAAGUAGCAAUUUUUUGCCUAAAUUUCAGCUCUGCACAAUCUAGACAUUUUCUCAACCAAAUUUAGUUGAGAAACUUGACCAAAUCCUUCUAAUGCAAUAACUGUCUGCUUUCUUCUUUAAAAAACAAAUUCUCAAUCCAUUCUUUUACCACUGUCUCUCCCCUACCAAUUUGCAACUUUGUAUUACAGCACUUCUCAUAUUACUUCCUCCUUAGGAUGAAUCACUUCUGUUGUAUUCCUCAUUUGGUUGAAAGCAUCUGCUAAAUGAAUAAACAUAAAUGUAAUAAAUGUAAAUUCAUGAGGUUUCCACCUAAGAUGCUUUUAAACAGUAUUGAAGGAGUUCUCAUGUAUGCUGGACACUUAUUGGCUGCUUUCCUUCACUUUCUGGUCCUCAUCCAUUUAAAAAAUGUAUUUAUUUUUUAAAAUUUUAGUUUUAUAAAGGAAUUCCAAUGUUGGUACAAUUUAUAUUUGCAACAAAACUAAUUUCAAGCAUGUAAACAUAAGAUUGUAGAUCAAAAGCUCUUUAAGAUCAUGACAAACGUGGAUUUGAUUUAAGCGUGUCCAAACGUUUGACUAUGUUAUGUAUGGGAUGUUGUAGCAAGUGCUGAUCUGUGAUUAUACCUCUAUAUACACUUCUGGCAACUAUCAUAAUAAGCUAAAUGUCUCUGGUUAUUCUGAAGAAGCACAAUGUAUUCUUUGUUUUUACACAAAGCAAGUGCACUUUAAGAAUAAACAAAGGCUUUUUCUGAUAUCUAUAUAUACAGCAGUGCUCUAGGUCAAGGAUAACAAAUGUUCCUUUAAAAAAAAAUUUUUUUUAAUAAAGGUAAUUUUCUUUUUCAGAAUAGAUGUUAUUUUUAUAGUAGUGUUGUGUAUCACUUGACAUAGACUAAAAUAGAAAUAGUUACUGUUUUAUGAGAGAUCAUAUUGUUUAUAUGUUGUAUGUACAUAAUGGAACCACAAAAUACUGCAAUGGUCUGUUGUUGUUAGUUUGGAAAAUUAGGAAAAAAGAACAGAAUUAAGACUGAGGUGCUAAUGUAUCAGUCAGUUUAAAUGGAACUUCUUUGCUCGGGUCAUAUCAUUUCUCGAGUAUUGAGAAGCAAUGAAAGCUUAAGAAUGUUUGAAGAAGGACUCUGUUUUAAAAUCUUCUGUGCCAUUUUCUCAGAAGUUCUAUUUGUUUCUAUUCUUGUGUCUAUUCUUUUUGUAUGGUACAACUGUAAAUACUUUACAUUUAUUUUACGUAAUUUCUUGUUCAGUUAAAAAUCAGUUUGAUGAUUUUGCUUGAUCUGUCCAUUAAAUUGUAUGUAUAUAUUUAUUUAGUUAUUGGUAGUUAUUUAACUGAGCUAGCUGUGUGGCAUUUGUGGCUGUGUAGCCUUAUUUGCCACGUAGCUACAGACUAAACUGAACAUGACCUGAUUUGAUCAACUUAUGGACAAAUUUUAUUUUUUGUAAAACUUCAGUGCUUUGCCAAGUUUUUCUAAGCAUGUAACAGAUCUUGAGUCUCUCAUUUAUGUUAAGUAUGCAUUAGGAAAUGCCAUUUUCAUAAUACAUUUUAUUCAACAUGAAACAAUUGCCUUAUGUCACUUUAAUGUUAGUUAUAUCAUUUAAACAUUUGCUGUGUCACUACCCUAAAUAUGUUCUAUUUUACUACAGUUGUACUUGAUUAAAAAUGGUACUUAUAAAGCUUCCCAAGAGAGUCUUGACAUUUUGGUCACAAGGGGCUUUGAAGCAACCGCUGUUGACAGCAUUGCUAGCUUUCUGUUCAAUUGCACAUGCGUGACUUCGCCACCGUCUACUGGAGAAUCUACAGUUUGCCGCGUAGUCGAUACCAUGUGGCAGAUUUGUUAAGUAAAUGUCAUGUUUUACAAGAGAUAAUGCGAAGUGAGCAAAGUAAUCGGCCUAAACAACCUCCUUAAAACUUACACCGAUCAGCCACAGCAUUAAAACCACUUGCCUAAUAUUGUGUAGGACCCCCUCAUGUCGCCAAAACAGCGCCGACCCGCAUCUCAGAAUAGCAUUCUGAGAUA